CAUUUUUCUCUCUCCUUUCAGGUAGAAAUUGAGAAGCUGGAUUACCAUCAUUAUCUGCCUCUGUUUUUUGAUGGGCUCUGUGAAAUGACAUUUCCCUAUGAAUUUUUUGCUCGGCAAGGAAUCCACGACAUGCUGGAACAUGGGGGGAACAAGAUUCUUCCUGUCAUUCCACAGCUCAUUAUCCCGAUAAAAAAUGCCUUGAACCUCCGAAACCGACAGGUCAUCUGCGUCACUCUCAAAGUCCUACAGCAUCUGGUUGUGUCUGCUGAGAUGGUGGGUGAAGCUUUGGUGCCCUAUUACCGUCAAAUCCUCCCCAUCCUCAACAUCUUUAAGAAUAUGAAUGUAAACUCCGGGGACGGCAUCGACUACAGCCAGCAGAAGCGGGAGAACAUCGGUGACCUGAUCCGGGAGACGCUGGAGGCCUUCGAGCGCUCUGGAGGAAAAGACGCCUUCAUCAACAUCAAAUACAUGGUCCCUACCUAUGAGUCGUGCUUGCUAAAUUAGUGGUGGGAACAGCUGGGAUUCGAGGAAGGCUUCUCCUAGCCUUUUGAUCAUCUGUCUCUGCUGCUGUUAGCAUCUCAUUAUCUGUGGCUUCUACGGCUCACUUUUCUACAGCUGCUAAAAGAGUGGCUUAUGGGCAGUUGGACUUGUAGCCCUAUUGAGAGCAAGGCUUUCCAAUACACAAAUAGUGCCUGUUUCUUAGAUUACAAUAGUGUACUGUGCUUAUUUGUUCUAGGAGAAGAAUUGCUUCUUUAUACAGUUCCGAAAGAAGCAGGAGUCCGAGUUAAACCUUCAGUUGUAUAGACAAUAAAACUACAAUUUUCAUACGCAAUUCAGCAGUUGUGUCUGCCUGCCCCGAGGGUGGUUGUCAAAGGUUGGAAGGAAGUGUUGGUGCUGACUGCUUAACAGGUGUUGGUCGUGGACGACAAGCACCCGUUCAGCAGCAGCUGUGCAGAACAGUGUGCUUUGACAUCCAACAAAACUGUGGAAUC